AUGGACCCCUCAGGCUCUCUACCUCCCCCUUCCCUGUCCACCUUCCCUGUGAUUCCUAACUUCUCUUUCUCUUCCCCGUCACCUUCUGUCUCUCCCUCACCCAGCCGGGCCUCCACCGCUCUCUUCUGCUCCCUGCUCUCCCUGCUCUCUCUACUGGGCAUCACUGGAAACCUCUACACCCUGGUCCUACUCCUCAGGCGCAGGAGAAGCAGAAGAAGAAGUGGUUCUGGCCUGAAGUGUUGUUUUAUCAGAAUCCCGGCACCGUCUUGCCUGACCAAUUCCACUUCUCCCUCCUCGUCUCCAACACCCCCGUCCUCCUCCUCUUCACUUCACCUGCAGGUGCUGAGUCUGGCUCUAGCAGACCUCCUCUACCUCUUUACCGCCCCAUUCAUAGUUUAUGAUAGCCUGGCAUCUGGCUGGGCAUUUGGGGAGCUGGGCUGCCGCCUCCUCUUGAGCCUGGACCUCCUCACUAUGCACGCUUCCAUUUUCACCCUCACAGCCAUGAGUCUGGAUCGUUAUCGGGCAGUGGCUCAUCCCCUCCACACGUCCUCCACAAACUCCUCUGGUUUGUUACGCGUAAGCCUGGCCUGGGGUUUGGCUGUGGCUCUGAGCCUGCCCAUGAUGAUCACCUUACACCUGGAGGACGGGGAGGACCAGGAGGGUCAGCUCUGUGUACCAGCCUGGGACGAGCAAAGCUCCAAGGCCUAUCUCAGCGUGCUCUUCUGCACAAGCAUUCUGGGCCCUGGUCUAGCCAUCGGCGCACUUUAUGCUACAUUGGGUCGCCUUUACUGGGUGUCACAGACCAAACCUGCCUGGGUGACUGGGAGCAGUUCAGCGUGUCCUCCUCGAGCCCCUAAACCAAAAGUUCUGCUCCUCAUCCUGGGAAUUGUCCUGGCCUUCUGGGCUUGCUUCCUCCCAUUCUGGAUCUGGCAGCUGCUACCUUUGUAUCAACCGGACAUGCUGCGGACGGUCCCAGUUGGAACGCAGGUGACUGUGAACCGGAUCCUGACAGGAUUGACUUACGGAAACUCGUGUGUGAAUCCUUUCUUCUACACGCUGUUGACUGGCAAACGACAACGCAAUCGGCCAACAUUCACUUCAGCAAAUCAGUUGUGCCGUAAGAGCAGCCCGGUGCAGUAA